AUCUUUAGUGUGAAAAAUUUCCUGAUCAUAUACUCUCCAGCUUAAUAUUAACUACUAUCUCUACAGUAUCUAAAGAAGUAUAAGGUCUAUUAUGAUAAGGUCCAUACGUUUGAUAGGGAGCGUAAGGGCGUGUAUGAAGAAGCCAUACCCAUGCGUUUCAUAUGUGUCACCGGUUUCUUUGGACCAGUUAAGGCAUAGUCGCAGACAUUUUUCGAACGAGUCUGAUCACGACUCAUUAUUCGAUAUAUUGGAUUCCGCUGAAGACUCUAGCAAUAAGGAGACAAAGAAAGAUGCUCGAGAUUCAGAGGUUGACUCAGGAAACUCACGAAAUUUUGAUUUGGAUUUGACGAAAAUCAGUGAACUACUCGAUAACCAUGUCGACAGUAUAGGUGAAGCUGAAGGUAGUCAAGAACAAAUACAAUCAGAAGCAAGUAAAAAAGAUGAUAAUAUAGAAGAAACUAGUUCCAGUUCUUAUGAUGACUUCAACAUAAUAGAUAACUUUCUUAAAGAAGAAUUUGGAGAAAUGAAAACGAAGGAUUCCAAUGUAGAAGCAAAUGAUCAAGAAACAGAUCCAACCAAAACUUUUGAAGAUUUCUUUAAUCGUCUAAAGGAAGAAGAGAAAAUUAACAACCAUUCUAGUAUUGAAGAUGAACUAUUAAAAUCACAUGAGGAGUUUGAAUUACAUAAAUCACAAAGAGGAAGACUCGAUUCAACGCUUGAAGAAGAUCAAACAAGUCCUCCAAUUAUUGAUGAUUUAUUUGGUCAAGAUUUCUUAGAUAUGGGUAAGAUUAGAGAAGUAAUAACUAAAAAGAAACCACAAGAGAAAGAAACUUUAGCCAAUUUAUUUCGAUCUUUACAAACGGAAGAUCAUACAGGUCGGUCUGGACCUUCGGGUAGUCAAUCAUGGAGUCAUAAAAAUUCCAUAAGAGAAACGAGAGAACAAUUUGAUCGUACUCUUAGUAGUACUAGGAUUGGACUUUCAGCUAUUUAUAUGAAGGAAUUAAACAAACAAGUACAAGAAGCAUUAAAACCCACCUUGGAUUAUAUUAAUGAAUUAAAAUCAGUUUCAGAUAUAGUUGAUUAUUAUGAUGGUCUUAUUCAAGAAUGGUAUAAAUAUGAAGAUAAAGUUAAACAAGAUGAAUCAUUAUUUGAAACUAUUUAUCUUCAUAAAUUAUUAAAGGAUUCUACUCUUGAUGAAAAGCAUCGGGAAUUUAUUGAUGAACUUAUUGUUAAAACUCAAGAAAAUCCUCAAUCACCAAAAUUGAAUGCAUUAACAUUUUCAGUCAUUUUCAAUCAUAUAUUAAGAGUUUUAGCAUUUAAAUAUCAUGAUGGUCUUACAGCAUUAUCAUUAUAUAAUCUUUUAAAGAAAGAUUUACAAUUAUAUACUAUAAUUUGUAAUCAAGAAACUUAUAAUGAUGUAUUAAGAAUCCUUUGGAUAUAUAGAGGUAAAACUGAUUUAUAUCCAUUUGAAAUGACAUUUUUAGAAAUGAAGCAUUGUGGUUUUGAUGGAGAUUUUAAAACUUUUAAUAUUCUUAAACAAGUAUUAUUAGAUUAUUAUCAAUUAAGAUUUGGUAAGGCUGAUGGUAUAAAUGGUCAAAAUCAUUCAGCUAUUUGGUCACAAGAAGAGAAUAGAAGAAGUCAAGCAUUAGAAGGUCGUUUAAGACAAUUAUAUCAACGAUUAAUUAUGGAUUCAUCAAUUGUAAAUAGUGUAUUAUAGGAGUAAGGAGUAAACAGUAAACAGUAAGAAUGUAUAUAACUACUAAAGCACAGUAUAUGUAGGAGGUGGUGGGUGUGCGCAGAGGCAAAACAAAACUAUAAAGUGCGAAUAGAGAAAUACGAAACUGGACCCCUCCUUACUAUACUAAUAAUUUCAUUUAAAGA